CUUGAAAUGUCUGAGCGCUCGCACAAGCACCCCGCCCCCCUCUGUUUUCUCAUUCCUGAGUCAAGACCAAGGAGGAACAGUGCUUUUACUUGGUGCAAGCCGAGGACCGAGCAGAAUGCAACACAGAAUAAUUCAUUUUUAAUCAGUGCUUUGAAUUUGUUUAUGCUCACAAGAGAAGCUUUUGCAUUUCAUAUUUUCUUUCUUAGCUAAAGUUAUCAGGGGGAAACUUUUAAGCAAAUUUCGGCUCACUGGGCGGAAAAAAAACUCACAUUUAGAGUUUAUAGGAGGCUGAUACUCGUAGGUAUAAUGGAUCUCGUGGUGUUGGUGGCAUUCAGCUCCUGGUUGGCUCCUGCGCUUGGAUCAGCAUUUGGCAGGGAAAUGUUGGCGUCAGCGGCAGACAAGGACAAAGACUAUGACAGCGCUUUUCAUUACGAUUAUGAAUCUUUGAGAAUCGGUGGCCUGGUUUUCGCAGUGGUCCUGUUCCUCCUGGGUAUCUUCCUCAUUGUCAGCCGGAAAUGUACCUGUUCGAAGAGCGACAAGUCACGUUCCAGGGGUCCUGAUGUGGAAUCAGCUGUUCCAAGGCAUUACACUGAGGGGUUCACUGAGCAGUCUUGUCCUCCUGCCUCCUUUCAUCACAUCCAGCCUCCAACUGCAAUCCAGCAACCUGGUAAAUUUCUAGGAGACGGAGUUCUUCUACAUCUCUGCUGUGCAGCCAUGACCACCACAGAAAGUAUGUUUCCAGACCGAAGCGACUUUGAUUAUGAUUAUGACACAUUGCGGACCACAGGGGUUAUCCUUGCUGUUAUAAUGUUUGUCUCUGGCAUUUUAAUAGCCCUGAUUCCAGCUCAUCUGGUACCCAAAUUCCAAAGACAGAGGUUCCGCCUCAAACUGUAUAAGAAAUAUAGCAUUGAGCUUGAAAGAGAGAAAGUCAUCACGGGAACCACAGCCAGCAAAUGCACACACACACAUGCCGGUUGUUUAUGGCCAUUCCUCUUAUGGCUGAUACACCUCUGUCAGUUGGAUGAUCAAUAAACAGGGUUUUCCAAAGCAUCAUAACCUGGUUUUAUUGAGUCUCCCACUGGAUUCUUUAGAAAGUAUAUCUUAAGUUUGCUCAGUAUUGUGUGAGUAUUGGGGCUAAAAGCUUGUCUAAGACAAAAAAUAAAAAAUAAAAAUUAUAUACAUAAAAAAUACUCCAACCAUGAAACUUGAUCAGGCAGAUUUAAUAAGACAAAUGCAACAGUUGUCUCUCUCCUUUACAUUUUACUCUCGUAAAACAAUCAAGAGCAUGAUUACAUAUAGAUUUACCCAUUUUGUAUCAAUGAGCUAACAACUGCAUGCAUCAAUUAACUGUAACAAUUGUCUUUGACAUUUGUUUUUCAUUAUAUAUGUUAGUAUCUAGUUUUAGAUUUGCCCUUUAAAAAAAAGCAAUAAGAUAUAGCAUGACAACAUCAUCAAGAACCCAAUGAAUAGAACAGACCGCACAGAAAAAUAAACAUGUUAAAAUGAAGUAUUGUAUUUUGAUGACAAUGACAACACUCAGUACUGUAUUACAUUUUGAAAAUGCUUUGAAAAACAUAAUGUUUAUUAAAGUGUUGGUUUUUGGGUGAUAUCAUUGGCAGUUUUUCUAUUUUAAGUUAAGGCAAAUGUAUUAAAAAUUAUACCCUGUAAACUCCAAACAAUGAGACCACUGUUUCAAAUAAAGGUAUUGUCCAUUCA